GCCUAGUUUAUAAAAGCAAACCCAGAGCCGCCGGCCACAGCACUGGCAUGCAGUGGGCGCGCCGAGAGACUGUCUGCAAACUCCGGGCUGCUGGGACUUGUGGUGGAUUUUUUUUUUCCCUAACUUUGCAAAUGUUUCUGAUGGGAGGGGCCUUUGGCCAUGUCUUUGUUUCCUGACCUACGUUUCAACUUCCUUCUGGAGCAAGUAUUUUCCUGCACUAAUCACAACUUUUCUUCACAGAGGAGAACCCGAGAGAGUGUGAGCAUUGUCAGCCACUAAAUGUACCCCUGAAAGAUCCCCUCAAAAUGAGAUUCCCAGCAAAGAUCCUGUGGCUUAUGUUAUGGACGGGCUGUGUAGCACAAGAUUGCGUGACACCUCCUCCCAAAAAAGACAGGGAAGUUCUGCAGGGCUCCUGGUCUGAACAGAGCUACAAAGAGGGCACUAAGGCCACAUACAAGUGCCGCCCCGGGUUCAGGACAUACGGCCUGAUUACAGUGCAGUGCAAGGAAGGCCAAUGGGUGGACCUCAACCCAUCGAAAAUAUGCCAGAAAAAGCCCUGUGGACACCCCGGAGACACACCCUUUGGUUCAUUCGACCUUGUAACAGGAGACAAAUUUGAAUACGGGGCCAAGGUGGUCUAUACAUGCGAUGAGGGGUACCAAAUGAUAGGUGACAUUAAUUUCCGGGAAUGCGAAGCAGAUGGAUGGACCAACGACGUUCCUCUAUGUGAAGUUGUUAAGUGUUUGCCAGUGACAGCCCCAGAGAAUGGGAGAGUUGUCAGUAGUGCGUUCAGCCCAGACCAGGAAUACUCUUUUGGACAGGUGAUAAAGUUUGAAUGUAAUCCAGGCUUCAUGCUUUCUGGCCCUAAAGAAAUACAUUGCUCAGACAAUGGCCUUUGGAGUGGAGAAAAACCAGGUUGCAUGGGAAUUUCCUGCCAAAGACCAGAAAUUCCGAACGGAGAGCCUGCAAACCCGAAGGCCACGUACAAGGAGAAUGAAAGGCUUCAGUACAAAUGCUACCCGGGCUACAGCUACGGUGAAAGAGCGGAGGCCGUCUGCACCCAGUCCGGGUGGGUGCCGCGCCCCUUCUGCAGAGAAGUGACAUGCGAUCCUCCAACUAUUGCCAACAGCCACUACACUCCUGACAGGACCUCAUACACACUUGGGCAUAGACUCACGUACCAGUGUAAAAGCGGCUUUUAUCACUCAGCCCGAGGCAGCACGUCAGAAUGCACCACUACCGGCUGGCAACCUCCUCCAAGGUGCAGCUUUAAGCCAUGCAAAUAUCCAGAAAUAAAGCAUGGAGACCUCUACAGGGCAGACAGAUCUAGAGGAAACUUCCCAGCUGCUGUGGGACAAUCGUUUCACUACUCCUGUGAUGGCAACUAUGAGACGCCUACACAAGACUACUGGGGCAGAAUUACUUGCACAACAGACGGAUGGUCGCCUAAAGUGCCGUGCCUCCGAAAAUGUAUUUUCAAUUACUUGGAGAAUGGAUAUUAUACGAGGGAGCAAAGAGUUUUACAGGGAGAAUCUAUUAAAGUCACCUGCCAUCCUGGUUACAGUCUCCCAAACCAGCAGACCACCAUGACGUGUACGGAGAAUGGCUGGUCCCCUCCACCCAAAUGCAACCAUCUCGUCACAUGUUUAAAAUCGGAUAUAGAAGUUGAGAAUGGAUUUCUUUCUGAAUCUGAACUGUCAUACCUCUUAUAUAAAGAAACACAAUACAACUGCAAACAAGGUUACCUAACAGAAGACGGUCAGACAUCAGGAACGAUCACGUGUCUGCAGCGUGGAUGGUCUACUCACCCCAGGUGCAUUAGAUCUUGUGAUAUGCCAGUGUUUGAGAAUGCCAGAGCCAGAAGUGGCAGCACAUGGUUUAAGGUCAAUGACAGGUUGGACUAUGAGUGCCAGGAUGGAUACAGAAACGGAGACGGACACACCACAGGCUUCAUAGUGUGUGGUCACAGUGGUUGGUCUGGUACACCCUCCUGUCAUGGAAAAGAAUGCAUUGUUCCUGAUAUAGAACAAAACUUAAUUGCUCAGCCCCAGAAAGAGAAAUAUUUCAUUGGAGAUGUGUUGAAAUUCUCCUGCAGACAAAGAUUGAAACUUGUUGGACCUGAUUCAGUUCAGUGUUACAACUUUGGGUGGUCACCAGAUCCUCCAACAUGUAAAGCGGAAGUGAAACCAUGUGGUCCACAUCCUCAGCUCCCCAAUGGGACAGCUACAAACACGCCGAAAGAAGAACAUGAGCACGGUGAAGUUGUGGAGUACGUCUGCGACCCCAGGUUUCUGCUCAAGGGUUCUCGGAAAACUCAGUGUGUUGAUGGGGAGUGGACCUCCUUGCCCCGGUGUAUUGAGGAGAACAGCACAUGUGAAGACAUACCUGUCAUCAUUCACAGCUCCGUCUAUUCCCAGGAGCGUCCCUAUCACCAUGGAGAGUCCGUGACGUUCAGCUGCAGAGAAGGGUUCACAUUGGUGGGGCCCAGAUCAGUUACAUGUUUGAAGGGAAAGUGGACCCAACCACCUGAGUGCAUUGAAACAGGUAACAUUAAGACAUGUAAAUUACCAAGGUCACUUGAAUAUAAGCCACUCCAGUCAUAUAGGGUUGACUACAACCAUAAUGAGCAAGUGAAUUACACGUGCAGAAGAAGGUCAGAGCAGAAGCACUCAGUCUGUGUCAAUGGAAGAUGGGAUCCCCAAGUGAACUGUGGAGAAAUACCAAGAUGUGCACCCCCACCUCAGAUUCCCAGAUCUCAAAAUAUGAUGACCACAGUGAAUUAUCAGGAGGGAGAAAAAAUCUCUAUUCUCUGUCAAGACAAUUCUCUGAUUCUGGAAGAAGAAGACCUCGUGUGCCAGGGUGGAAUCUGGAAGUCAGUCCCACGCUGCAUUGUAUGGUCUUUGUGCCUGACCCUUUCACCUCUGUUCUGCAUUGUAGAGAAAACACCAUGUUCUCAGCCACCUUAUAUAGAACAUGGAACUGUAAAUUCCUCCCGAUCAGAAGAAGGAGGAGAAGAAACAGUGGAGCCCAAGCUCUAUCCACACGGCACUAAAUUACGUUAUGUUUGUGAAGACGGUUUCAAGAUAACUGGGCGCCAUGAGAUAAUAUGCCACCUGGGGAGAUGGAGUUCCCCACCUCAAUGUGUAGGACUUCCUUGUGGACCACCACCUCCACUUUCCAAUGGGGCUGCACCGAACAGGAAAAACAGAUAUGAGUAUGGAGAAGAAUUUACCUACAACUGUGCCCAAGGAUUUAUGAUUCAUGGACCUGCAUCUGUGAUAUGUUCAGGAGGAAAAUGGAGCCCUCCCCCAGAAUGCAUAAAAACAACUUGUCCUUCCCCACCCAGCUUUGAUAAUGCUGAACCUAUAAAUGUAAACAAGAACAGGAAAGUAUAUCAGUCAGGAGAUGAAGUAGCUUAUAAAUGUCGAGAACACUACCAAAUGGAUGGACCCAAUGUUGUUCGCUGUAUGACUGGCAGAUGGAUAGGGACGCCCACAUGCAGAGAUAAUUCCUGUGGAAGUCCUCCUGUAGUCAAAAAUGCCACUAUACAAAACAGGAUGACGUGGUAUCAGUCUGGUGACAGAGUACGUUACGAAUGCCUGAAACCUUUGGACCUAUUUGGGGAUGUAGAGGUGACCUGUCUGAAUGGGAACUGGACAGAUCCACCUCAGUGCAAAGAAGUGACAUGCGAUCCUCCAACUAUUGCCAACAGCCACUACACUCCCGACAGGACCUCAUACACACUUGGGCAUAGACUCACGUACCAGUGUAAAAGCGGCUUUUAUCACUCAGCCCGAGGCAGCACGUCAGAAUGCACCACUACCGGCUGGGAACCUCCUCCAAGGUGCAGCUUUAAGCCAUGUGAAUAUCCAGAAAUAAAGCAUGGGGAACUGUACUGGGCAGACAGAUAUAGAGGAUACUUCCCGGCUUCUGUGGGAAAAUGGUUUUACUACUCCUGUGAUGGCAACUAUGAGACACCUACACGAGACAACUGGGGCAAAAUCACUUGUACAACAGACGGAUGGUCACCUAAAGUGCCAUGUGUCCGAAAAUGUAUUUUCAAUUACUUGGAGAAUGGAUAUUAUCCGAGGGAACAAAGAGUUUCACAGGGAGAAUCUAUUAGAGUCACCUGCCAUCGUGGUUACAGUCUCCCAGACCAGCAGACCACCCUGACGUGUACGGAGAAUGGCUGGUCCCCUCCUCCCAAAUGCAUCCGUGUCGUGACAUGUUUAAAAUCGGAUAUAGAAAUUGAGAAUGGAUUUUUUUCUGAAUCUCAAUUGGCAUACCCCUUACAUAAAGAAACACAAUACAAGUGCAAACAAGGUUACCUAACAGAAGGCAGUCAGACAUCAGGAACGAUCACGUGUCUGCAGCGUGGAUGGUCCCCUCACCCCAGGUGCAUUAAACGUUGUGACAUGCCGAUGUUUGAGAAUGCCACAGCCAUCAUCACUGGAAAAGCAUUUAGGCCCAAUGACACGCUGGACUACCAGUGCCUGGAUGGCUACGAAAACAGAGAUGGACACACCUCAGGCACCAUGGUGUGUGGAAAGGAUGGCUGGUCCGGCUUGCCAAGCUGCUUCAAAUCUGCAGAAAAGUGCGGGCCUCCUCCAGCUGUUGGCAAUGGAGACAUCACCUCCUUCCCACUGACUGCCUACCCUCCAGGGUCAAGAGUUGAAUACCAAUGCCAGGCCUACUAUGAACUUCAGGGUCCUAAAUAUGUAACCUGCAGUGAUGCUAAGUGGUCUGAACCACCAAAAUGUCUAGAUCCCUGUGUCAUAUCUGAAGAAAUCCUGAAUGAAAAUAACAUACGGUUGAAAGGGAAAGAGGACAAGACACACUACGCAAAAACAGGGGAUAUCAUUGAGUUUACGUGUAAACCGGGACACAGUACAGUGACUUCAGGGCAGUCACUUGAAGCCGUGUGUCGGGAAGGGACAGUGCAGUUGCCCAGAUGUGAAUGAAGGUGCUUCCACCUGCUAUCUGUACUU